CAUCACAGUCGUGGAGUAAUUUACUAACUCAAGCAACAUGAAGUUCGCCGUUGUCGUAGUCGUGUUGGGCCUAGCCGCUGGUAUUCAAUCACAUGCCUUGCCAUGGGCUGUUCCCGCCGUUCCAGUCGAAGGUAGCUAUGUUGCCAAAACCCAAGGUGCCGUUCACGUAGCGCCAUUGUCUGGACAUGCAAACUCCGCUGCUGCCAUCAAUCUUGAAUCUGCUCCUGGUACUGUUUCCGCCCAUGAGCUCCAAGGAGAAUAUGUUGCCAAAACUCAAGGAGCGGUUCAUGUCGCUCCUCUUGCAGGACAUGCCAAAUCGGUGAUUGCUGAUAACGAUCGUGCUGCUCCUGGCACUGCUGGUCAAUGGAUCGCCCCAGCUGUUGUCCCAGCAUAUACCCCAGCUGUAGCUCAUACUCCAGUUAUUGCUCCUGUUGUUCAAGCUGAGGGAGAAUAUGUUGCCAAAACCCAAGGUGCGGUUCAUGUAGCUCCACUUGCAGGUCACGCCAAAUCGGUCGCUUCAAUCAAUGAUGACGCUGCUCCAGGUACCAUCCAUGGAUGGGCUGCUCCUGUCGUUCCUGCUGUAGCUCCAGUUUAUACUCCAGCCGUUGCUCCAGUUCAUACUCCAAUUAUUGCUCCUGCAUACACUCCAGCUGUAGCAUAUUCCUCAAUUGCUACUCACCCUGCCGUAGUUCCCCAUGCUGCAGUCUUACCAUCUGUUGAAGGAAGUUAUGUAGCUCAAACUCGUGGAGCCGCUCAUAUUGCUCCAUUGGCAGGACACGCUCACUCUGCUGCUUCUAUUAACUUGCAACCAGCUCCAGGAACUGUUUACUAAAUUAUUUGGGAGUAGUUAAUUUAUUUAAAUUAUUUUGUAUGUAUUGACACUGAUUUUGAAUUAUGAUAACGAAAUAGUAAAAUGCAUCAAAGAACAUA